AUGCCGUCGGUGAUGGAGAAGCCCUCGGGGAUCCUGUCCCGCAGCCGGGCGAAGUCGGUGGCCGCCGGCGGUGGCCCCCCCGCCUCCGAGGACGAGGGCAGCGAGGACGAGCACGCCCACGACAGCAUGAUCCGGGUGGGGGCUGACUACCAGGCGGUGAUCCCCGACUGCAAACCAGAGAGCCCCGCCCGCUACAGCAACAAGGAGCUGAAGGGGAUGCUGGUCUGGGCCCCCAACCACUGUGUCUCCGAUGCCAAAUUGGACAAAUACAUCGCCAUGGCCAAGGACAAGCACGGCUACAACAUUGAGCAGGCUCUGGGGAUGCUGCUGUGGCACAAGCACGAUGUGGAGAAGUCCUUGGCCGACCUGGCCAACUUCACGCCCUUCCCGGACGAGUGGACGGUGGAGGACAAGGUCCUUUUCGAACAGGCCUUCAGCUUCCACGGCAAGAGCUUCGCCCGCAUCCAGCAGAUGCUCCCCGACAAGCUCAUCCCCAGCCUGGUGAAAUAUUACUACUCCUGGAAGAAAACCCGGAGCCGGACCAGCCUCAUGGAUCGCCAGGCGCGGCGCCUGCUGGGCCGCAAGGACCGCGACGACAGCAACGACGAGACGGACGAGCAGCGCCCCGUCACCGAGGGGGAGACGGAAACAAUGGACCCCAAAAAAGAGCCUUUUUACCCCAAAACGGCGCAAUACCGGCACCACCCCCCUGCGCGGCACCGCCGCCGCCCCCCCCGCGGGAUGCACCUCAGCCGGGAGGACGUGGCGGGGGUCACCGCCAACCCCGACCUGGGGGCGCUGGCCCUGCGGCAGCUGGAUUGUCAGCUCGUCUCCCUCAAGCGCCAGGUGCAGCGGAUCAAGCAGAUCAACAGCGGCCUGAAGCAGGCGCUGGAGGGCGGCGUGGAGGGGCUGCGGCCACCGGAGGGCAACAGCAAAUUCAGCUCCCGCUGGACGACGGACGAGCAGCUCCUGGCGGUGCAGGCCCUGCGCCGCUACGGCCGGGAUUUCCCCGCGGUGGCCGGGGUGCUGGGGAACAAGACGGUGGCGCAGGUCAGGAGCUUCGUGCUGGGCGCCCGGCGCCGCCUGGGCCUGGAGCGGCUCCUGCGGGAGAGGGACCCCCCCGGCGCCCCCCCCGGCCCCGGGCAGCAGCAGGAGGUGCAGCUCAGCGGCGUCUCCCGUCCGGCCCCGCCUCCCGCCUCCCCGGCCCCGCCCCCUGCGCCGGCCCCGCCCCCUCCGCCCUCCCCCUCGCGCCCGCCGCAGCCCCCGCCCCUUUUACGCCCGGCCCCGCCCAACGCCCCGGUGCUGCCGCGGCCGCCGCCGCCGCUCCAGCAGGGCCGGGCCCCGCCCCCACUCAUCCGCCCCGGCGUCCAGUGA